UUCGUUCAAGUCAUAAAAUUGAAUGAAACACAUGAAAAAUUAAGUGAAAAUGAAAAUUUUGAAGAAAAAGAAGAAUUUGUUCAAGUUUUGAAAGUUACUCAUUUGGAGGAAACUAAAAACGAAAAAGAAAAUGUGGAAAAAAUUGAGGUUCAAGAAAAGUUUGUUCAAAUUAUUGAAGUGAAUGAUACAGAAAACAACAUGGAAAAUGACAAAAAUGAAGAAAAACAAGUUUUAAAGAUCGAAAGUUUCGAAGAUGAAGUCACAAAAGUUCAAAAUGGGUUCACGGAAGCAGAUAAAAAGUCAGAAAAUAAUGUUGUAGAGGAAAAAUUACAAGUUAUUGUCACAAUGCCGCCAGAGGAAGACCCAUUGGAGAGUCCAAAGUUAGUCAAGAUGAUUAAAAAUUUAGAGAAAAUGGAAACAUCUCAAGAAGAAAUGUCUCUUCAAGAACUGGAAAAAUAUUCAAAAAUUCCGGAAACUUCAUCAGACGACGAGGAAAUUAUGUUUUACGAAGCUACUGAAUCAGUUCAAAUCGAAAAAUUAGGAGAUACGGAAAUAAUUUCAGUAGAAAAAGAUGAAAAAGUCACAGUGAAAGUACAUGAAAUUCAUUUGAAAGACACAAAAAAUCAAGUUGAAGAUGAUUCGAUGCAAGAAAUUUCAAUUUUAACUGUUGAAAAAACAGAAAUUCACACGAAUAAUGACAAUUUAGGAAAAAAUGACGACAUUGAAACCCAAAAAUCAUCAGUCGAUAUCGAAAUAACAAAACGUGAAGUAGUUUUGAUCGAACAAGAACCCAAAGAAAAUCUUCAAAACACGUCUGAAGAUCUUUCUCCGACAAAAGAACCCGUCCCAACACCUCGUAAAAUGACAAAAAUCAGCGACGAAAGUCUCCAUUUGGAAAUAAAUGUGCAAGAAAAGGAAGUCAUUCAAUCAUCGUCAGACUCUUGGGAGCCCCAAACUGUCGUUCACAACAAUCAAGUGCUCGUGAUGACUCCGCCGCCUUCAUAUCCGCCACCGAUGUUGCCGAAUUCCUAUUUGAGUGACGACUCGGAUACGUCUGUCAGUUCGAAUGAAUAUGACGAACAAAAUCCCCCGAAACCGCCAAAGAGAUACAGAAUUUAUGUCGUGAAUAAUUCCGAUAGUGAAACAACGAAAGUUAAGCCAAUUUUGAAACAACGUCCUCCUCCGAAGAGAGUUUCGUUUGAUAAUGCGGAGCCAGAUGUCUUUUUGCGAUCGCCUGAUGUGCCAGAUUGGAAGGAUGUGACAGAGAAUGAGACCUUGGGAAGUCCCUUGAUGCCGAAUGUGUUGAGUGAUUUUUCGCCAAGGAUACGAUCGCAUGCGUUUGAAGAGUUUGAGGAAGAAAAACAAGAAGAAAAAGUUGAAAAAGAGACUUUGGAUGAGCAAAAAUCCGAAGAAACAGUGAAAAAUGUUAAAGAAAUUGAAGAAAAUAACGAAAAAACGUCAAAAACAGAAGAAAUUUUUGAAGAAAAGCAAGAAAUAGAACAUCCCAAAGAAUCGAAAGUCACAAAAGAAGCCCCUGAAGAAGCAAAAAUCCCUGAAAAAUCAACAGAAAAAGUACUUGACAUCACCCAACUCGAGCCCGUUAACGAUAUUCAAAGCCCACUUGAAGAAAAAGUCGCUUAUUUUAAAACACUCGCUGAAAAAAUUAACGAAAGUCCCGUCAAAACUACUGAAAAUCAACCUGAAAACCUAAAAACUCCUGAAUUUCCUUCUCAAGAGAAAAUUUCUACACAAAAAAUCCCUGAAAAAGCCAAUGAUAAACCAAAAAUAAUUGAAGUUAAGGAGAAACCUGUUGAAAAAAUCGAAACCUACGCUGAAGUAGUCAUUCAAGCACGACAAAAAUCUGAACCAGCAAUUCCCCGACCAACAUCUUUGUUCCUAAAUGACGCCAAAAAAGCAUUAACAAGCACCAACGCACGCAAAUUACCUAAAAGACAACUUUCGGAACCAGCUUUAUCCCCCCGAGACGCUCUAAUGGCACAAAUUCGAUCAUUCGGUGAGAAUCAAAAACUAAAAAGCCCAGAAAAAGAGCAUUCAAAGGUCAAAAUCGAUGUAGAAGAUACGUUAAUUUAAUUUCGAUGUCUUAAAAAGUGCCAUUUAUGAAAAA